UACAGAUUGUUACAAAAGCUAUCUUUCUGCAGCGUAAGUGGCGUCGUAAUUUUUUUAUUUUUUAUUUUUGUCUCUCUAUUCUCUUAAUUAGUGAAGAGAGUGAUUUAUUUCCCAUGGAGCAAUUGCUUAUAAUACCAUAAUCAAUCUGCAGAGUUCAAUAAACCCUAAUUCCUUCUGCUGCUUCACUCAGCAACUCUUUCCGAUGAGGGCUCUUAAGCUUGGUUUGUUGCUUGCUUUGGCAUCUGGAUUUGCCGCCAUUUCUAUUUACAUCACUGGACUCUCUGAUCCUUUUGUAUAUCCCAAUUAUCACCUCACAGAUGAAGACACGCAAGCGUUGCUUUCGCUGCAUGACAAUUUCCAAAAGUGUGUGAGUGCAAACGGACUUGGUCUAAAAGCAACUAGAGGCACAGAUUAUUGCCAAACCUCAAUAAAUUUCCCCAGUGACACCAUCCCCAAAUGGGUGCGAAGCAGUACCACUAUACUCACCAAGGAAUUUAUUGAUUCUUUACCAAAUGGAUGGGAGGAAUAUGCAUGGCAAAGGAUCAAUAAAGGAAUUCUUCUCAACCACUGCAAGAACAAGACAUUAUGCAUGGAGAAACUUUCACUAGUUCUCCCUGAAACGCCACCAUACUUCCCGAAGCAGUUUGGGCGCUGUGCUGUUAUUGGUAAUUCAGGAGAUCUCUUGAAAACAAAAUUUGGAAAGGACAUAGAUGGUUAUGAUGUUGUCAUUAGAGAAAAUGGUGCUCCAACACAGAACUACACUGAUUAUGUGGGUAGGAAAAGCACAUUUCGCCUUCUAAACCGAGGAUCUGCCAAAGCACUGGAUAAAGUUGUUGAAUUAGAUGAACAAAGAAAUGAAGUCUUAAUAAUAAAAACAACAAUUCAUGACAUCAUGAACAAAAUGAUUCGGGAAGUUCCUAUAAGAAAUCCUGUAUACCUCAUGCUAGGUGCAUCCUUUGGCUCUGCAGCAAAAGGAACUGGACUUAAGGCUCUUGAAUUUGCUCUUUCUAUGUGUGAUUCAGUGGAUAUGUAUGGUUUCACUGUAGAUCCUGGUUAUAAAGAAUGGACAAGAUAUUUCUCCGAAUCCCGUCAAGGCCAUACCCCAUUGCAUGGUAGAGCUUAUUACCAGAUGAUGGAGUGUUUGGGACUUAUCAAAAUCCAUUCUCCCAUGCGAGCUGAUCCAAACCGUGUUGUAAAAUGGGUUCCAAGCCACCAUGUUAUAAGGGCUGCCAGGAUUGCAUCAGAGAAAUUACUGAGGAGAGCUGGAGCAGGAUCUGAAGAUCCAUUGGCUGCAUGUUCCAUAAUUAAGAAGCAAGUGAAAAGAAAUCUAGAUACAGUUUCAAAGCUCAGAAAAACGGCACUUGAUCAUUUAAGGUAUGUGAAGAGCACAACCAUGUAUCCUCUAGAACAUAGCCCUGGACAUGGGUUGCUUUGCACUGUGCCAACUGAUUAAACUGUACCGAGAUUUCAGCUUGUGCUGUUGGGAAGCAUCCAACCCUUUGAUUUACAAAAUUUUCCAUUUGUUAUUCUUUUUCCAAAAUAUAUUUCAUUAGCCUGAAAAAAAUCUCGAUGAAGCUUCCUACUCUCACCGGUGUGGCGGGAAGUCAACGAAAUCUAUUAAAUUAUCCUCAUUCUUUUCUUCUUUUAGUUUUUGAAACUUUUUAAAGGACUUAGAUUUGUUAGGGAGAGGAUUACAGAACAACUAGUAAAUUAUUUUUGAGGCAUCUGUAUUGCUUAGUUGAAUUAUAACGAGUUGAACUGUAAUGAAUAACUUUUUUGGUUAAAAAAUUAAGUACUGUCCUUUUU